AUGGAAUUGCCCACCUUGGAUUCGUCCCAGAACGGCAGGCUAGUUCAAUCGCAACAUGCCCGGACCUCUUCAUCGCAUGCCAGAAGUGUCGCGGAUGAAUUCUCCUACAUGACGCCUAGCGAAACCGGUGCCCGCUUACGAACGUCGUUAACACACGGGCUCACUGCUACCGAUGCCCUCACCCGGCUGGGUGAAUAUGGCCCGAAUGAAAUUCCUCAUGAUGAACCAGAGCCGCUUUGGCUGCGGUUUGUGAAACAAUUUCAAGAGCCGCUCAUUAUCCUGCUGCUCGUGUCCGCAGGCAUGUCUGUCUUGUUAGGCAACUUGGACGAUGCAGUGAGCAUCACCAUCGCUGUCACAAUCGUAGUGACUGUUGGGUUUAUCCAAGAAUACCGGUCCGAAAAGUCAAUUGAGGCUCUUAACCACUUGGUUCCAAACCACGCUCAUCUGGUACGCGGGGGAUCUACCAAAACAUCAGCGACCACGCCUAAGUCACCGGCCUGGCCACCGCCAUCCGACGACCCUGGCUCAACAGGCAGCUCUGGAUCGAAGACACCAGCGGAGGAUGCUAUGGAUGCUGUAUCAACCAAGGUCAUGGCCGGGCAGCUUGUUCCUGGAGACUUGGUGCUGUUUACAACCGGCGACCGGAUCCCCGCAGAUGUUCGUGUGACCAAGGCAACCGAUUUGACAAUAGAUGCCUCCAACUUGACAGGUGAGACGGAACCGGUCCGAGUCACGGCUGAGGCGCGAACAAGAAAAGUCAACAUCCACGGAUUGAAUCACCUGCAGCUUCCUCAGCCGCCAGCGCUUGGAUCCGGGGGACAUCAUGGAGAUUCCGACAGUGACACACACAACAUUGCAUUCAUGGGAACUUUGGUCACAUCUGGCCACGGCCGGGGCAUUGUGUUUGCAACAGGAGGGAGCACACAUUUUGGUACAAUAGCUACCAGCGUAUCUGGUACGGAAAGCCCUCGCUCGCCACUCCAAUUGUCCAUGGACGAACUUGGUACCCAACUCAGUAAGGCAUCUUUCGUUGUCAUUGGCCUAAUCUCGUUAAUCGGGUGGUUGCAAGGCAAGAACUUGUUGGAAAUCUUCACAAUAUCCAUUUCACUUGCUGUAGCGGCGAUUCCAGAAGGCCUUCCAAUUAUUGUAACCGUCACUCUAGCACUGGGUGUCCACAGAAUGGCAAGACACAACGCCAUUGUUCGGAGAAUGCCCAAAGUUGAGACUCUUGGCUCUGUCAAUGUAGUUUGUACCGACAAGACCGGCACGCUGACUACAAAUCAUAUGACAGCGUCCGAGAUGUGGUAUUUUGGAGCCGGAGACCCAGUCGAUAUUGCCUCUGACACCGACUCCAUGGAUGAUAAGAGUACGCCUACACACUUGAGAAUUUUGCGCAUCGGAAAUAUCGCCAAUAAUGCACGCCUUGCACAAAAGUACACCGAGAGUGGUGCCGCUGCUUCUGCCGUUUUGUCCUCAACGCUGGGCCGUGGGCACGUGGCCACGAACACGAGAUGGGUCGGCCAACCCACGGAUGUGGCUAUGUUGGAUAUGCUUGAUAAGUUCAAGGAGCACGACAUUCGCAACUCCAUAGGACCGCGGGUAUCGGAAACGCCGUUCAGUUCUGAGAGAAAAUGGAUGGGCGUGACCAUCGGCUCUGAUUUGAAGGGAGAAAAAGAAUACGCAUAUAUGAAAGGUUCAGUGGAAAAGGUUCUUGCUGCGUGCGGCACCUACUUGGACAAUGACGGACGAGAGAUUGUUCUUGACUCGGCUAGACGUCAAGAGGCUCUAGCAGCAGCUGAAAGAAUGGCAGUGAAGGGUCUCCGAGUUCUGGCCUUUGCCAGUGGUGCUGUUGUGUCCAAGUCUUCCAAGGGAAGAGCGGGGCAGGGCACUUCGCGUACAGGAACCCCCGACCUCGAAAACAGCACCAAUUCAGUCCUAGGGGGCAAUGAAGACGUUUAUAGAGACUUGGUGUUUGCCGGCUUGGUGGGUAUGAGUGAUCCACCAAGACCUGGGGUCAGCCGUUCCCUCAAGAGGCUUAUGCGCGGCGGAGUCAAGGUUAUAAUGAUCACUGGUGAUGCUGAAACCACAGCCCUUGCCAUUGGCAAGCAACUGGGCAUGAGUAUCGCAGUGGCUAGCGAACAUUCGAGCAGCCAGAGCACCGUGCGGCCGGUCCUUCUCGGAGAAGACGUCGACAACAUGUCGGAAGAGGACUUGGCUUUGGCUAUGCAACACACCACUAUUUUUGCCAGAACGAAUCCGGACCACAAAAUGAAGAUCAUCAGGGCUUUGCAAUGUCGUGGGGAUAUCGUUGCCAUGACUGGAGAUGGAGUCAACGACGCUCCCGCCUUGAAGAAGGCCGAUAUCGGUAUUUCGAUGGGCCGCCAUGGGACUGAUGUCGCUAAGGAGGCCGCAGAUAUGAUACUCACAGACGAUGAUUUUUCGACGAUUCUGCGCGCAAUUGAAGAAGGCAAGGGCAUUUUUAACAACAUUCAAAACUUCCUCACCUUUCAGCUAAGCACCAGUGCCGCCAGCCUAUCACUUGUACUCUUGUGUACCUUUUUUGGCUUCAAAACUCCUCUGAACGCGAUGCAAAUUUUGUGGAUUAAUAUUAUCAUGGACGGACCCCCAGCUCAGUCGCUGGGUGUUGAGAAAGUCGACCCCGAUGUGAUGAAUCGGCCUCCACGAAGACGGAAUGAUGCGGUACUUACCAAGGCGGUUCUCACGCGCGUCCUGACAUCGGCCACCAUCAUCAUGUUCGGCACCAUGCUAAUUUACAGGCACGAGAUGCUGGGCGAUGGGCAAGUAACACGGCGCGACACAACCAUGACAUUUACGUGCUUCGUCUUCUUCGACAUGUUCAACGCACUCAGCUGCCGAUCGGAGGCAAAAUCUGUUUUACGGGGCGAGAUGGGUCUAUUCGCCAACAGCUUAUUCAAUUGGGCGGUGUCACUCAGCGUCGUCUGCCAGCUGUUGGUCAUAUACGUGCCUUGGCUUCAGGAAGUCUUCCAGACGGAGGCGAUAGGACUCGGCGACCUUUUCAGGCUCAUUGUUCUUUGUAGCUCAGUCUUCUGGGUGGACGAACUGCGCAAAUACCUCAAGUACGGUAAGCGGCGUCUGGGCAGCGGAUACAGUCAAGCUGUGUGA